UACUCAUUUGAAGUUAAAGAUAGAGGCAGCAGCACAAGCUGUGUCUUGACAGUUUCUAAUUUCAGAUCUCUGACUGCAGCUAAGCUAGCCACAGUUUAGCUGAGGACGGGUCUCUGCUUUUGUUGUCUUGUUAGAGACAUCUUCAUGCUCUGUACUGUUGCUAUUUAGAUGAACAUGCCUUUGGAGUUGCACACAGACAUACAGGCAGACUAGAAGAAGGUGAAGGAGACAGAGGUACAUUGAGAACAUGGUACAUUCUGAAGGGUUUUGCAGUGCCCCCCCAUAGUGACGGUCGGCAGGCGCCUGAUGUGGGUUUGCGUGUUCACCUGAUUCAGGGUCCUGUUCAGAAUGAUUGAAGAUCGUGGCAGGAGUGGCCACGUCAUGGCUGAUAGACGACAACUGUUCGCAGAGAUGCGGGCGCAGGAGUUGGAUUCCAUAAGAUUGUCCACAUAUAGAACAGCUUGCAAACUCAGAUUCGUUCAAAAGAAGUGCAACCUCCAUUUGGUGGACAUCUGGAACGUGAUUGAGGCGUUCCGAGAGAACGGCCUGAACACCAUGGACCUUAACACAGAGUUCACUGUGGCUCGCCUGGAAGCAAUACUCUCCACCAUAUACUACCAGCUCAACAAACGGAUGCCCACCACCCAUCAGAUUAAUGUGGAGCAGUCCAUCAGUCUGUUACUCAACUUCCUGCUGGCUGCCUAUGACCCGGAAAGCCUUGGAAAAAUCUCUGUCUUUGUUGUGAAAAUGGCCCUAGCAACCAUCUGCGGAGGGAAGAUUUUGGACAAAUUAAGAUAUAUCUUUUCACAGAUAUCAGAGCCUGGUGGCAUCAUGGUGUACUCCCAGUUUGACCUGUUUCUGAGGGAGGUUCUCAAAUUACCAAUGACUGUUUUUGAGGGACCUUCCUUUGGCUACACUGAGCAAGCCACAAGAAGUUGCUUUGCACAGCAGAAAAAGGUCUCCCUCAACAUGUUUCUGGACACUCUGAUGUCGGACCCCCCGCCCCAGUGUCUGGUCUGGUUACCACUCAUGCAUCGCUUAGCUAAUGUGGAGAAUGUGUUCCACCCAGUGGAGUGUUCCUACUGCCAUAGUGAGAGCAUGAUGGGUUUCCGUUACCGUUGCCAGCCAUGUCAUAAUUACCAGCUCUGUCAGGACUGCUUCUGGAGGGGGCAUGCCAGCGGUUCCCAUAGCAACCAGCACCAAAUGAAGGAAUACACGUCAUGGAAAUCCCCCGCUAAGAAGCUAUCCAAUGCUCUCAGCAAGUCCCUGAGCUGUGCUUCCAGCAGAGAACCUUUACACCCCAUGUUUCCCGACAUGCCAGAGAAACCUUUAAACCUAGCCCACAUUGUCGACACUUGGCCUCCCAGACCAAUGAACAGCACCAAUGACUUCAUGCUCUCCCACUCCAUGCCUACAUCAGGGAACCCUUACUCUACUAAGCACUUGCCUUAUAGUACCAAGAAUAAGGAAGGUGAGCAGAGAAAACAGUUUUCUAGGGACGCUCCAGAUCUGUUGAAAGGGAAGGGGUUCAACUACAGCCUCGAUGUGGCUGAUAGACUGGCUGAUGAACAUGUUCUCAUUGGGCUGUAUGUGAAUCUCCUUCAGAACAACCCCACAUCAUGUUUGCUGGAAAGCGGGAGCCACCAGGACGAAGAGCACAGUCUCAUCGCCCGCUAUGCUGCUAGACUGGCGUCGGACGCAGCCGCUGCGCAAGCCCAGCAGCAGAGGGUCCCGAACGACAUUUCUUUCUCGCUGGACGCCAACAAGCAACAGAGGCAGCUGAUUGCUGAGUUGGAGAGUAAAAACAGGGAGAUCUUGCAGGAGAUCCAGCGCCUGCGAGUGCAGCAUGAGCAGGCCUCCCAGCCGCCCACAGUCACAGCCCAACAGAACCCCACUCUACUGGCUGAGCUACGGCUCCUCAGGCAACGCAAAGAUGAGCUGGAGCAAAGGAUGUCUGCUCUGCAGGAAAGUCGCAGGGAACUCAUGGUACAGCUGGAGCAGCUCAUGCUGCUGCUGAAGGAGGAGGAAAGGAAGCAAGCUACUCAAGGGCCUGGGUCCCCCCGUGCGUCCCCCAACCACACGGUCAGCCGGCCCAUCCCCAUGCCAACCCCGUCAGAGUCUGCUGGCACCACGCCCACUCACACCCCUCAGGACUCACUCAUGGGUGUGGGAGGGGACGUGCAGGAGGCCUUUGCUCAGGGAGCCAGGAGGAACUUGAGAAAUGACCUCCUUGUGGCUGCGGACUCUAUCACCAACACUAUGUCUUCACUGGUUAAAGAGCUCAACUCAGAGGCUGGAAGUGAAUCAGAGAGCAACAUAGACUCUCAGAUAGAUGAACUGGUCUCCUCUCCCACUUCUGAUGUUCUAGCACAGAUGACCACUAAACCACGGAAUCCUGUUGGAAUGGAGGAGUGCUAUGAGAAUGACCUGGUUCAGGUGCUUGAGGAUGAGCUGAAGAUGGAGGAACUACUGAGACGUAGACCGGAGCCGGAGAAAACCUGUGACUUUGCAGAAAUGACCACGUUGAACCAGGUUCCUGGUAAGCAAUAUGCAAAGCAAAAAAAAAAUAGAAACACACUGGAUGAUGAAUGAAAAGAGAUGUCACAUAGAAGGCUGUGAAGAGAUGUUGGUCCAAGCUGAAGAGGCGGCAUGAAGGAAGUUAUGAGACGCUAAAUCCAACCGUAGAAUAGUUAUAAUAUGUAAAGAUCUAUUUUUUAAACCAACAACAGCAUAAUUAAGUGAAUACUGUGAACUGAAAAGAUUAUGAAACAACAGAGCUCUCUAUUAUACCACCAGUGCCAUAAUUUAUUGGAAAUUAUUUGUUGAUUUUUAAAUCAUAUACAUUUUUGGUACGAUUUGAUGAAGAAUUUUGCAGGUAUAUGCUGUAGUUGUGUUGUGGAUAAACCUGGUCGUUGUCUUUUGGUUGAGAUUGCUUUUCCAUCCAAAUGGUGAACACAGUAUAACUGUGUUAAUUGGGGUACUGUCUAUAACCCAGAGGCUACCUACCUCCAUUAUAAUUAGUUGAACUGCUAUGACCAGGUUGACCCACUAAUUCAAGGAUUUCUAUUUAUUGGUGUUGUGUGACUUCUUAGCUUUUCUUUUAAUUACUGAUUGAAAGAGUGGCUUUUCAGAGUUUGCCAGCUCUGGAUGGGGUUCAAACGGUCAAUACUGAGGCUCCCAAGUGGGGCAGUGGUUUAUAGCACAGCAUGGCAGUGCUACUAAAUCACUGGUUCUACCAUGGUCACUGCAUAUUGACGGCAAAGGGGAGUUCAGUGACUCUUUCUGGAUUGGGGGAGGGAUAGGCGGACAGGGUUACCUCUCCCCUCCAAUCUUUUGUGUCUGACUUAAGUCCUGGUGGAUUGAGCCUUGUGAUGAGAAGCAAAACACCUGAGUGGGGUAUGUUUAGGUGGACACGUCCUCAUCCUUGAAUCUCCAAAGCCGCUCAGAGUUGCAUUGACGAGACAGUAGUCACAAUCUGCAGCAAGCAGCUAACAUUGUUCCUAGAACUAUAGAAAUGCAGGUCCUUAUCACUGUCAAAAUAUUAGUUUCUAUUUCAUCCAGAAAUAUUGCCUAAUUGUUAAUAGUACUGUAUAAGGUAAGACAGUUUUGCAGGAACAACAUUAUUUGCAUUGAUCUGCAUUUAGUGUUUUCCAUAUUGCAGAUAUUAUAUUGAAUUCCACCUGGAUAUUGAGCAGGUAUGUAAUGCUAAGAGAAUGAGAACGUAAAGAAAGAAAAUAAGGUAAACUAAUGAUAAAUCUAAAUGCUGGAAAGUGAUAUUGCCUACUGAGGAUUUCUUUUUAUUGAUAGCCAUGUGUUGACUAAGAGGUUUAGUUGAGAUUAUUUUAUCAUUAGCUGCUUCAGAUCUGAAGAUAUGAUGACGCAAAUUAAAUUAGAGAACAGCAUCUUAAUGAUUGAAUUGACAACAUUGUUCAUAACACUCAUAAAACUAUAUAUUAUUGCAAGAACAAAGAACAAGGUUGGUUUACAUGUUUCAUAAUCAACAUCUAAUGUUUUGCCAUAUAUUUUGAAUUUGCAUUGUAAUUGAAAUGUUCUGACCAAAUGAUUCACUAUUUAUCUACUCAAAUCUAGCUCAAACACUGAAGGGCACAUGCACACUUGAUACCCAUGUUCAUUUGCUUUUUUUUGUUUAAACUGUUACUCAGUCACUUUAAAAGUGUCGCAAGCCAAUUUGAAAUCAUAAAUGUGCGUAUAUCUGCUAUGAUUUUUCAAGCUAGUUUAUAUCAGUGAUUUUGCAUGAUGUCGAUGGUGCAUAAUAAAAAAUGGACACAACGU